CUAUCUUUACCAAGCACGCCAAUGUGGAACAUUGAAACUCCUCCCUUCUGUUUCCGUUGGUUUUUUUUUGGGCCAACCAACUUUCCCGGCAAAGGGAAGGGCACAUAACCGCCGGAUCAACCGACCGAACCCGCUGAAAUGUCCAAACUGCCCUUUCCGUUCCGAAAGCUCGGCCUCCCCCUCCUCUUCCUCUCUCUUCUCUCCAUACCCUUUUGUGUAAUCUCACAGGGUCAGGCCACAGAUGAGCUCGCGGCCCUGCUGAACCUGAAGCAGCAGUGGGGCAAUCCACCUGCUCUCCAAUCGUGGACCUCAUCGUCUCCGACACUGUGCGGCUGGCCGGAGAUCAACUGCACCGGCGGCUCGGUCACGGGACUCCUCCUCGAGGACAUGAACAUCACCGAGCCGAUCCCGCCUUCGAUUUGCGACCUCAAGAGCCUCACUCAGCUUAACCUCUCAUGGAAUUACAUUCCUGGUGGAUUCCCAAGGGCGCUGUAUAACUGUUCCAAGCUUCAAAUCUUGGACCUUUCUCAGAACUACUUCGUGGGUCCAAUUCCUAGUGACAUUGACCAGCUCUCGGGCCUCACCUACUUGGAUGUCGGCGGGAACAAUUUCUCCGGCGACAUUCCAGCGGAGAUAGGGCGGUUGCGGGGGCUGCAGACCCUGAACUUGUACCAGAAUCAGUUCAAUGGCACGUUUCCCAAGGAAAUUGGGGACUUGGCCAAUCUUGAAGUUCUGCGCAUGGCCUAUAAUGACGAGUUCGUGCCUGCAAUGAUACCCAAGGAAUUCGGGCAGCUCAAGAAGCUGAGGUUCCUGUGGAUGAAGCAGUGCAAUCUGAUCGAUGGAAUUCCUGAGAGCUUCUCGAACUUGUCCAGUCUCGAGCACCUGGAUCUGUCCGGAAACGCGUUGACAGGCGGCAUCCCUGGUGGGUUGUUUUCUUUACAGAACCUAAGCUAUGUGUAUCUGUUCCAUAACCAAUUGUCUGGUGCAUUACCCACCUCUAUUUCGUCGAAGAACUUGAUCGAGAUCGAUCUAGCUAUGAACGACCUGACCGGCUCGAUCCCGGAAGAUUUUGGGACGUUGCAAAGUCUCCGCCUUUUGAAUCUGUUUUGGAAUCAAUUGUCAGGCCACAUACCGGUGGGUAUAGCCCAGCUUCCUUCGCUUAUAGAUUUCCGUGUUUUUGACAACAAGCUGAGCGGUGUGUUGCCACCCGAGUUUGGCCUAUAUUCGCCGCUGGAAGCCUUCGAGAUCUCGAAUAAUAACCUCAGUGGUGAGUUGCCGAAAACUCUGUGCACUAAUGGUGUCUUGCUAGGUGUUGUUGCUUACUCCAAUAAUCUGAGCGGACAAGUUCCGGAAUCACUCGGGAACUGCAAUAGUUUGCGGACAAUUCAGCUUUACAACAACAACUUCUCCGGUGAACUUCCUUCGGGCAUUUGGACGCUGCUCAAUUUGUCAAGCUUGACGGUAAGUCAAAACUCCUUUUCGGGUGGUCUUCCGAGAAAGCUUGCAUGGAAUUUGUCUAGAGUGGAGAUCAGCAACAACAGAUUUUCUGGCCCAAUUCCGGCCGAAGUCUCUUCAUGGUCGAGUCUAGCGGUCUUGAAGGCGAGCAACAAUCUGUUCUCUGGCAAUGUCCCUGAAGAAUUGACUAGUCUUUCUCGACUUAUCGUUCUAUCAAUGGAUGGCAAUCAACUUUCUGGUGAACUCCCUUCAAAGAUCAUCUCCUGGAAGUCACUAACGAGCUUGAAUUUCUCAAAGAAUAAUCUCUCUGGCCAAAUUCCUGCAGCACUAGGUUCGUUGCCCGACUUGCUCGAUCUUGACUUAUCGGAUAACAAAUUCUCAGGCGUGAUACCCCCAGAAUUGGGCAACUUGAGGCUUACUACUCUUAAUUUGUCGUCCAAUCGACUCGGUGGUAGAAUCCCAGAUGGUUUCAAUAAUCUGGUGUAUGAAAAUAGCUUCUUGAGCAAUCCUGAUCUAUGCGCUGGGGAUCCGAUGCCGAACAUCAGAAGCUGCUAUACCAGGAGCAGUAAAUCCAACAAGGUUCCUUCAAAGUAUCUCGCCCUGAUUCUAGUUCUAGCAAUCGCCGCAGUCCUAGCUGCUGUUCUGUUCGCCUUGUUCGUGAUCAGAGAGUACUGGCGGAAGAAGCUCAGGCGCGACCUCGCAACUUGGAAGUUAACUUCGUUUCAGAGGCUCGGGUUCACGGAAGCGAGCAUCUUGUCCAAUCUAACGGACAAUACCAUCAUAGGAAGCGGCGGCUCAGGCAAGGUGUAUCGCGUAGCGGUUAACGAUUUGGGCGACUACGUAGCUGUCAAACGGAUUUGGAACAGCCGAAAGUUGGACUGGAGACAGGAGAAAGAGUUUGCAGCGGAAGUCGAAAUACUCGGCUCUAUCCGCCAUUCCAAUAUUGUGAAGUUGCUGUGCUGCAUUUCGAGCGAGAACUCGAAGCUGCUCGUGUACGAGUACAUGGAGAAUCAGAGUCUGGACAAGUGGCUUCACAGGAACAAGAGGGCGUCGACAUUGAAAGGGAGCUCCCCACGCCGGGCCCUGCUGGAUUGGCCUACGAGGCUGCAGAUCGCUAAAGGAGCUGCGCAGGGCCUGGGCUAUAUGCAUCAUGACUGCUCUCCCCCGAUCAUACACCGCGAUGUGAAGUCGAGCAACAUCUUACUGGAUUUCCAGUUCAAGGCCAAGGUGGCGGACUUUGGACUGGCCAAGAUGCUGGCCAAGCAUGGCGAGUCUCACGACAUGUCCGCCGUGGCAGGCUCGUUCGGUUACUUCGCCCCAGAAUAUGCAUAUAGCACGAAAGUGAAUGAGAAGAUCGAUGUGUACAGCUUUGGAGUCGUGCUCCUAGAACUGGUGACCGGGAGGCAGCCCAAUAGCGGGGACGAGAACACGAGCCUCACAGAGUGGGCGUGGCGGCACUAUGUGGAAGGAAAGCCGAUCACCGAUGCCCUCGACGAGGAGAUCAAGGAACCAUGUAACGUAGACGAGAUGGCGACCGUUUUCAAGCUCGCGCUCGUCUGCACUAGCAGAUCGCCGUCCACGAGGCCUCCCAUGAAGGAGGUCCUUCACAUCCUCCAGAAAUGCAGCCCCUCGGAUGGGAAAAAGGUCGGGCCCGAGUUCGACUUCACGCCCCUGCUCGGAACCGCUACGUAUCUUUCCAGUUACAGGCGGAGCAAGAAAGCCGACGAUAGCUUAGUCUACAGCGCGUAAUUCGAGCGGCCGGUACGGCGCAGAACGGUGGUAUCAACAUAGUGUGGAGAGGUCAGAACUUUGGAAGUGCCAGGACACAAUGCAUUCGCGCAGUCGGGUCUUGAUGGAUGAGAAUCCAGCAACCGAAGAAAACCCAGAAACUCCCAAUGUACGUAGCAGCUACGGCCUUUCGACGAUUAGCGGCACCGCA